CUUACAUUUCCUGGUACAGUCGGCGGCGGCUCUGCUACAGCUCAAACACCGCUAACUGAGCGUCCCUGUCGGGCAGUUUUCACCUUCUCUCUGGUAACUGACACUCCAAACUACCCGGCGACCAUGUCCCGAUAUGCUGCAUUUGUCUUGUUCCUUGCCUGUGGGAUCGCCGUCCAGGUGUCACAUGGCGUUGAGGUGAAUGUCACAGACUCACAGGACAAGUUAUGCCUCUAUGCUAAUCUGAUGGUCAACUUCUCAGUCUCGUACGAAACAAAGGGCAAUGAGAAUAAAACAGUCAAGAUGGAACUUCCCAAUGAUGUCACAAAAAGUGCAAGUAAAUGUGACAACAUAAGCUCAUUGCUGAAGCUUGACUUCGGAGACGGGCACUCCUUCAGCAUGAACUUCAGCAUGAGUGGAAAAAUGUACCAGGCAGACUUCAUCACAGUUUCCUACAAUCUCAGCGACUCAUCUCUGUUCCCUGAUUCUCUAUCAAAUGAAACUGUAUCUGUGACCGUGAAACCUCAGAUUACAAAUGUGGGCGUGGAUACCUGCUACUCAUGCAAGAGUGAAGACGUGAUCCAGGCUGAUUUUGUUAAUAUGACACUGUGGAACGUGCUCAUACAAGCUUUUGUCAGUAACGGCAGCAAGAGUGAAAAGAUCACCUCUUGUAAAGCUGAUACACCCACGACCCCUGUUCCCCCCACCACUCACGCCACCAGUACAACCACUGCAGCUCCUGUCACAAACUCUACUUCCACUGCCCCGCCUCCCACCACCACCCCGACCCCCACCCUCCCCCCACCCAUCACUGGGAACUACAGCAUCAAGUCUGGUAACAGCACAGCCUGUCUGUUAGCCAACUUUGGCCUGCGGAUUGGUUUCAGGCAAGGAGAGAAAUAUCAGGAGAUGAACCUCGAACCCAACGGGACCAAAGUCUCUGGAACAUGCGGAGUCAACAGCAGUGAGCUGCAGCUGACCUCAAACACGAUGACCGUCAUGUUCACCUUCACCAAUGACACAGCAAAAUUCCGCCUACAUGCUCUCAACUUCACCACGAAGAUGAGCUCUGGUGUGGAGUUCUCUGAGGGGAACACCAACCUGAGUCUGUGGGAGGCGGCUCUCGGCAGCUCCUACAUGUGUAACAAGGAGCAGAACUACACCAUCACCAGCCUGCUCACCCUCUACACCUUCAACCUACGAGUGCAGCCCUUUGGAGUCGCAAAGGGUGUUUUCAGUACAGCCCAUGAAUGUUCAUUGGAUGACACCAGCAUCUUAAUCCCAAUCAUUGUUGGCGCUGCUCUGGCUGGCUUGAUUCUCAUUGUAGUGAUCGCUUACGUGAUUGGUCGAAGAAAGACUUAUGUUGGAUACCAGACCCUUUAAAUCAUUCAUGAAAUAUCACGGGGCUCCCAAGCCUGGUCCUUGGGUUUUAAAAUCUAUUGAAAUCAAAAUCUAAAAUAGAAUAUCUGCUGGGAAAACUGUCAGAAAAAUAGAUUUUACUGUCUGUUGGUAUUGACGUCAUUGGUCAAGAUGAGACAUGAAAUGCACUCAGAACAUUUUUGAAUUGCAGUUACCUUUUAAUGAUGCUACAAUAAGAAAGUAAAAAUCCAUAUAAAGAUGGAGGGUUUGGUAGAAUUCUCAAGGACCAAACUUGUCUACCCCCAAUGUUUGUGUUCCUUUUUGUUGUUUUCUGGAUGUCUUGUCUUUCAUUUUUUGUUGUGUGUUUUUUUUUUGUUGUUGUUUUUUCUUUUUGUUGUUGAGCAAGUGCAAGAUCCACACAACCCUUUUUUUAUUUCAAGUAAUCACAGUCAUAUGAAAAGUGAGGUUUAGAAUGCAACAUAUGGAGAUCUUGGAGUUAUACAGGUACUGUAGGACGUCUACAUUUACAAAAGUCCCUGGAUUUUUCACACAUUUUUAGCAAUGUGUAUGUGACAGUUUAAGUUUGUUACAGUGGGAUCCUGCACUUGCUGUGCAGACAUUCCCCUUUUGUUUGCAUUUGUCAUCAUUUAAUUUUUGUGCACAUUUUAGUUUUUGCUUCCUUUUUUAUGGUCCGACUUUUCAUUCCCAUAAUUAUUUACUUUGAGAUAUAAACGAAUGAUCAUUUUUUCACAGCAUUUAAACAGCAAUCCCUUCACAAAAAAAUCAAAGGAAGAUGGCAAAUCAGCUGUCUUUGCUUUGCUCCAAGAAAUUCAUUACCAAGGAUGAAGGUCUACUCCAUUUAGAAGGUUGUCAAAGGAAAUAUGCUUUAGCCCAUGUUUGCCCCUGUAGAGCAGGAGAAACAUUGGAAUUAUUGUCCUGAUUUUGUGGCUCCAAUCAUAUUAAGAAUGUGAAAUCAAAGGCUGCGAUGCUUGAACAUUAAUUGACCCUUUUCACAGGCGGCAUUUGAACAUAUAUCAAGCAGUGAAAGCCCUGGUAGCUCUAAUGGCCUUAAUGCAGGCUGUGUAAAGGCCCUGGAGCUGACAGAACUACAUGGAAUGAAGCCAUUGUUAAUGUUCUUAAUUACACCUGUGCUUUUCCUGCUACACCAUGUCAAAAUGUCUGCCUUUUAAAAGGUCUGUUACAUUUGCACAUGUUCCAACCAGAGAAUAAAUCUGACAAGAAAGGUCAACUUUUUCUUUUUUUUUUUUUUCCACCCACAAUAUAUUUUGGCAUUAGGUUUAGUAAAGGGAUAGUACCAUUGUGUAGAUGUUCGCUUUCAGUGCAGACGUUUCUGAAACGAGGAUAUUUACAUAUAAAUGCACUAAGACGAUCUUUAUAUUUUGCAUUAUGUCGAGACUGUUGUCACAUAAUUUCACCUGUGUAUAGGCCUGGGCUUGGCCUGAGCUCUGAGGGCUGCAGCUGGAUCAGGGAACGUUAAAGACCCUGAAAAUAUUGGUGACCGAUCAAGCAACAAUCAGAGAAACGGGGAAACAGCGAGGCUGACGAGUAGCUUCAUGUUCAGUAUACUGACAGGAGAGUGGUGUCAAUCCUUCUAUGAAGAAAGUAAAUAAGAGCAGUUCCAAAAAUAUGAAACCAUUCCUCCACAAUCUCAGCUGAUCUGCCUCUUCAGCACUGUGUGGGAGCUUAAGCAAACAAAACCCACAACUGUAAAUUAGAAAAUCCAGAUUAGUGCAGCGAAAUAAAUGAAAUAAUCUCAUGUGAAAUUUACAAAACUCUUGGCAGAAAAUUGUAUUUCCAUGUAGGACACAGUCACUCACCGUAAGAUGAUGAAUAGGGGUUUUCAGGGCCUUUUGAACUCUCGAACCAGUGUAGGUCUCAGUGAAGCAGUGUCAGGGAUGUAGGCAAGCCCCAGCAUGUGUAUUUUUGUAAUGAUAGAAAAAGCCAAUGUGACACACAGUAGUAGUUGUGUAUUGUCGCUUUAUUCUAGCAGAGUUGCUGCGUACUGUUUGACUCUGGAGCAAAGCAGACAGCAAACUCCACUGACGAUGAAAAAGACUAGAAACUUGUGCAUUUUUAAGUUGCUUAUAAAAUCAGCUUUUCCCAGGAUAUUGUAUGUGUGUAUGGAUAAUGGCUCUAAAUCAAACAUGAGAUCUGACUUUUGCUUGUGACUGCUGCUGUCUUGUGUAUUUCAGCUUUGUACAAACUCAGUCGCCUUAAUUACAAAGAUGGUUUUGCAGCACCAGUUUAAAUGUUUAUGGUUAUGUAAUAUCCCUGGUUCUCAAUAAAUCUUCUUACCAGUUCUUCAUCGCGACAGUUGUGCCUUUCUCAGUGAUAACUUUCUGUUUUGUACAUUCAUUAACACACUAACACUGUUGAGAUGCCAUUUUUGUAACGUGGUGUCAUUCGGCUCAUUGUUUUAUUCCCCGUGUCCAGUUGAGAACAUUGCACACACGUGUUCAGCAAAGGGAAUUUGUGCUGCAAGACCAUCUUGUUUAAUGAUCAGUUAAUGUGUGUUAUGUGGAUACAAAUGACUGCGGACUUCAUCUCCAUUUUCUCACGCUGUCAGCUAGAAUAAAUUGGGUUUCAAAUUGUGUGUCAGAUUGAAGUGGAGCUUUUUUUUUUUAGUAUUUUAAGAUUUAUGGAAAUAAAAAUGCAAUGCUGUCCUGGA